UCCAGCAGGACGGUCCAAGACAAGGGCCAUCGAGAAAAUUUAAGAUUUGAAAUACGGAAAGGCGAACAUCUUUCGAUCAAAGUUGGGUUGGGAUCAGACUAGGUUCCCGCCUAUUGGAAACGAGGGGGAAACGAAGUUAAACCCACUGGUAAUUAUCUCCCAAAUCCAACACUAAACCCUCGUAGAUUCAUUCUUCCUCUGAAGCAAUGGAGGCAGUGGUGAUUGAUGCCGGCUCAAAGCUACUCAAAGCAGGUUUCGCACUUCCAGAUCAAGCUCCCACCAUGAUAAUCCCUACUCAAAUGAAACAUAUGCCUGAAGAUGGUUUGUUAAGUGAUAUUCCUGUAGUGGACGAUGUCACAAUUGAUCCAGUAGUGAGGGGUUUUAUUCGGGACUGGGAUGCUAUGGAAGACUUGCUACACCAUGUUCUUUAUACUGGUCUUGGGUGGGAGAUUGGAAAUGAGGGACAGGUUUUGUUUACAGAUCCGCUUUUAACACCAAAGGCUCUGAGAGAACGCUUGGUGCAAUUGAUGUUUGAAACAUUUAAUAUCUCGGGCUUUUAUGCAUCUGAACAAGCAGUGCUAUCACUCUAUGCACUGGGACGCAUUUCUGGUUGCACCGUUGAUAUUGGGCAUGGGAAGAUAGAUAUUGCACCAGUGUGUGAAGGUGCAGUUCAACAUAUUGCCUCGAAAAGAUUUGAGAUUGGGGGUAUUGACUUGACUAAUUUACUUGCCAAGGAGCUUCAAAAAUCAAAUCCUGGGACAAAUAUAUCUCUUUCUGAUGUUGAAAGGCUAAAAGAGCUAUAUGCAUGUUGUGCGGAAGAUCAAGCUGCUUACGAGGGAACCCAGAAGUCAUGCCAGAGGGAAAAGCAUACGCUUCCAGAUGGACAGGUGAUAACCAUAGAGAAAGAACGGUAUACUGUUGGUGAGGCUCUAUUCCAACCAUCUAUAUUAGGAUUGGAGGAGCAUGGGAUUGUUGAGCAGCUUGUCCGUUGUAUCUCAAAUGUAUCUUCUGAAAACCACCGUCAGCUAUUGGAAAGCACAGUAGUUUGCGGUGGCACUGCGUCUAUGAUUGGCUUUGAAGAGAGGUUCCAGAAAGAAGCUAAUCUCUGCUCUUCAGCUAUCCGACCUACUCUUGUUAAGGCUCCGGAGUACAUGCCUGAGAACAUGGCGAAGAAUUCAGCGUGGAUGGGAGGUGCCAUACUUGCCAAAGUAGUCUUCCCUCAAAACCAACAUGUUACCAAAGCCGACUAUGAUGAGACUGGGCCAUCUAUUGUUCAUAGGAAGUGCUUAUAAAUUAUUUGUCUAUCCACCCUUGCUUCCUAGGGAGGGUUAGGAGCUACCUAGGUAUCGUCAAAGUCGAAUAUCAAUUAACUAACUUUUGUAUCAGUUCGAGAUGAUAAUAGUAAUUGUUCCAGUUUAACCACUAGGAUUUUCACCAGAGAACAAGGCCUAUUCAGUUGGAGAAAUGUCAUACAUAUACAGGUGUUAUGUUGUAAAAUAUAUAAGACAGUUUAAGUUUCUUGUUCCUU